AUGCCCACAACCGCCGCUUCGCUCAUGCGCGAAGGCCCAAGAGAUUUCACCGUCAUCAAGGAUGUCGGAGAUGGCUCCUUUGGCACCGUCUGCCUCGCGGAUUGGAAGAGUCCCCUUCCUAGCGGCACCAUGCUCUCCCCCAUGCAACAUCCCACAACACGUCCAGAAUACAUCGGAAAGCGUCUCGUCGCCAUCAAAAAGAUGAAAAAGCCUUUCCCCAGCUGGCAGGAGUGUAUGAAACUAAAAGAGCUCAAGUCGCUCCUCACGAUACCCCCACAUCCCAACCUCAUCCCGCUCUACGACGCCUUCCUCAUGCCGACGACCAAGGAGCUACACUUCGUCUUCGAGUGCAUGGAGGGAAACCUCUACCAGCUCACAAAAUCGCGCAAGGGUCGUCCGCUCGCAGCCGGCUUGGUCUCCUCCAUCUACGAACAGAUCGUACUCGGCUUGGACCACAUCCACGAGCACGGCUACUUUCACCGCGAUAUGAAGCCCGAAAACUUGCUCAUCACAACCACAGGUCUCGCCGACUAUCCCAACCUCCAGCCUGGUAUGGCUCCAGAGAGGGACGUCCUCGUCAUUGUCAAGCUUGCCGACUUUGGUCUCGCUCGCGAAACGCUCAGCAAACCCCCCUACACCGAAUACGUCUCCACACGCUGGUAUCGUGCGCCCGAGGUGCUCCUCCGCUCGCGCGACUACAGCAACCCAGUCGACAUGUGGGCCCUCGGCACCAUUCUCGCCGAGCUCGUCAACCUCAAGCCCCUCUUUCCCGGCCAUAGCGAGGUUGAUCAGGUUCUGCAGAUCUGCGACGUGCUCGGCGACCCAAGCCACAGCUACGGCCACGACUCGCGCAACAGGCGCAACGGCGGCGGUCCGUGGGACAGAGGCAUUCGCAUGGCAAGGGCUGUCGGCUUCACGUUUCCCAUCCGCAAACCUGUCAAGUUCGCCAGGCUGUUUUCGGAUCGUGUCCCGCACAACCUCAUCGAUUGCAUCGAGGAUCUCCUCCGCUACGAACCAAAAGCCAGGCUCACCAGCAAAGACUGUAUCCAGCACGACUACAUGCGCCUCGAUGCUCCUCGAUUGCGUCCACCGCAAGCCAAACCUCUUGUCAGCGCCACGGCACCCUUGCGUCCUCAGCAGGCUACACCACGUCAGCUUCCACCUUCGCAUUCCACGCCGCACUCGUCCAACGUGGACCGUCCACCCUUUGGAGCCGCAGAGUCGAAUCUCAAACCGUUGGCCAUGCUACGUCACCCCGACGGUUCGCCCAUUGUCAAGGUCAACGGCGGCCAGCCUUCGCCAAAUCCUGUCGGUGCAUCUGGCGCAAACACCACCGGAGGAGCGACACCCGCAUCGCCAAUGCAGGAGGAUGCCGCCGAGGUGCCGUGGGCACCACACGUCGCCACGAGCAGCAGAGUCGUCUCUGUGUCUGGCUAUCCUGCCUUCCCGGACUCGGCGUCACUCUACGCAGCCAGCGCUUCCACUCACCAUGAUGGUUCUGCUUCGCAUGCGCCGUCCUCGGAUGCAACCAUGGUGCUCUCCAAUGGCCAAGUGACUGACUCGACGCUCAAGCACGGCGACCCUCGUCAUACGCAGGCACUUCAAGCUCAUCAAUACGAGCAGUACCAACGACAGUAUCGCCAGGACGCGAGUUCAUCUCAAAAUGGGGCCUACGAUGCACACGCUGCUGCUGCUGCUGCCUAUGAUCGCGAGGCUGCGCUCAGAGCCGCGGCAUUCGUGCCCUUUGCCGGCGCGUAUCCCGCUUCCGCCAUGCAGGGCCAGAUGCCGGCCGCUGCAUCCUCUGGUGAGCUAUCGCAGCAAAAGGACGCCAACGCCAGCAGCGAAACCAUCGGCUCACGCGAUAAGGAGAGGCGUAGGAGCAAAGGCUGGGGUCUCAACAUUUCCUCCAAAUUCGCAAGCAGCGGCAGUAGCGGCACGCUUGCUGGAAGCGGCAGUGGUGGAGCCACUAACAACGGCGCUCACCAAUACGCUCUUGGCAGUCCCGUUACCGGGCGUAUGCCUCCCAACGGCAUGGCAUCUUCCAACGCGCUUCCCAAUGGACCCAUGCAGGGAUCCAAGUUAUCGCUCGAGCCGACGCCCGCGCAGCGCAUCGCUGCCGAACAUUCCAACGCUAUAUCGGGACCAUCGCCAAAUGGCGCACCAGCCAAGCCCAUCGAUUCCAAAAAGGCCAAGAAAGAGGCCGAGAAGGCGGCGCGCGAGGCCGAGAAGGCGAAACGAGAGGCACAACAGAAGGCCGCGCGGGAUCGAGCACGGGCGGUCAUGCAGAAACGCAACCAGCUACUGUCUUCUUCCAACAGCAAGGAUCCCGUCGAAUGGCUUUCUGGCGCCAGCCUGCAGGCAGAAGAGCAGUACCGUUCGAGUCCGAGCGAAAAAGCGCGCGGCAAGCAGCCGGCCAACCCCGGCUCUCAGCUGUCACCAUCCAUGCCCGGCUUUGCCUCUGGAGAGUUUCCUCGUUCGCCGCACCAGCAGCCCAUUCACGGUCUCAGCCCCGAUUACGGCAUGAAUCCGAAUCCAGCCAUUGCCAGCAGCAUGGCUUGGCGAGGCGUCGGCGCCGGCGCAGGCAGAUACAGUCGAUCCACCAAGGCCAGAAGGCGAGAGCAUGACGAUGACCACUCCAUGUCGAGCUUCGAGGACGCCGUCGAUCCGCGCAGGGUUUCGAUGCAGUCCUACCAGACCGGCGACAGCGAUCCUGGGCCGGGUACCGGCCAGCAGGCGCCGCAGGGGCACUACGUACAACGAGCCAGCUCGUCCUCUUCGCUCGCCUCGGCGCCGUCCUUGGUCGACCAACGACGCUUCGCUCCAUCUCUCGAGUCGCAUCGCAGCUCGGCAGAGACGCGCUCCAUCAGCUCGCUCGACCACCAGCUCAUCACCAACAUGGAGAGGAUGACGGCUGCAGAGGCACGUGCGCGUACACCUGGCAACGUAUCGCCGGGUCCUGCCCACGUUGUCGGGGCGCGCCAGUCGGUCAGUCGCCAGAGUCGCACCAACAGCCGUGCUUCGUCGACGUCUGCGCACCGUCAGGGAUCCGCCUCGCCAUUGCACCAUGCCAGCGGCAUCCCGCGCUUCCAUCCCUACUCGCAUGGGGGACCCGUGACGCCGUCGACGGGCUACCAUCUCAACUAUCAGCUGCCACCGCUGCACCAGAGCCUGGCACAACCGGGCGGCCCGCCGCGGAACGAGACGGGAGGCGAUGUUUCUGUACCAGCGGCGUUCAGUCCCAACUCGGUGCACGCGCAGCAACAUGUGCAUCAGCACCACAUCAAUCCCAUCUUCCACGUUGCUGCCGGGAAUGGCGGUCACGCCACCACGCUGCCGCCGUUUUCGUCGAUCGCCGCGACUAUCGAUGUUCCCGCCAUCGACGAAAAGGCGACGCAGAUGUUGUAUGCGCAGACGCGGUCCACGGGCCCCAUGCCGCAAAGCUGA